AACCCAUUCGUUAACUCUUAAGAGACUUCACUGUUUACAGUCUUGUAUAUAUACGAGCGGUUUAAGCUCAACCUGUGUUAGUGUAAUUGUCGAUAAGUUUGUCAAAGGCGAAAAGCGAGGAGCUUCAAGCAAAUUUAUAAUGGCAUCAAAAUUUAAGGCUGCAAUUUACCACCCUUUAUUGGGUCUGUUUCUGGCUUUUAUCAUUGUGUGUUUGGAGGAAGACAACAGAGGCCGCUUUAAAGGGAAUCUGGUUCAACUAUAUGGUGCUGUGACCAGAAUGAUUCGAGAUGGCUUCAUCACUUUGACGAUCAAAUUCCUACAUUUCUUCGUUUCAAAAUCUUUACAGUUCAGAUUUGUAUCCAUUCAAGAGUCCUUGUCUUCUAUACCAUCCUUGCUAUUUUGGGUUGCAUUUACUCGAUCAAUCUCAUCCAUGGGAGAUGAUUGCUUAUGUAAUGCCACAAAGUCAUUGUGACUAAUUAACCAGUGUCAGCCUCAAGAACUAGCAUUUGAAUCUUCUUUUUCAUUUUCUUAUCCAUUUGCCAGCUCUAUUCUACUCCUAACUAGGCAUCACAUUUGCCUAAAUAUGCCUUUGACCAAAGUUGAUGAUGGCUGCUGUGGACAACAGUUGUGUGACGUUGCAAACCGAGAUCUUCCAAUAGGUAUAGGCUUGAACUUGAUAAUCUAGACAACUAGUGUUAGUGUGUCCCUAGGAACAAAUUUAGUUGUUUUGGGGUAUUUCAAUUGUAUAAAUAAUUUACAUUAGUGAAAGUAGCUUCCUGUUUUUACAAUGUAAAUUAUGUUUCCGUUUGUUUAUCUAUUUGUUAAA